UACCUUUAUCAUUUCAGGUUCAGGGGUCUACUACUCAGUAGGGUGUUUAUGUUCAUAGAUCGUGCUCGGAUUUUGGAUUGCGGUGCAGAGGGUGAUUAUGUGCUAGUUUUGCGCUGGUUAAUUGGUAUGUUAAGACUCGAAGGGUAACGAUGCGAGGAGAGCGUUCGAUUGCGGCGUUAGGAGGCGGAGGGAUUUCAAAAAUGGAGCUCACGACUAUUGAAGCAGCCUCAGCCUCCCUUGACGGCUCCUUCAUUUUCCAUGUCGUCGCCGACAUUGUCGGCUUCGUCCUCUUCAUGCACCAGCAAAUCCCUUCUGUGUUGCAGGAUCUCACUUUCGAAUUCGAUGAAUUGCAGGACGAAUUUAAGGAUUUGGAGACGGCUCUUGCGCAAGAGGAAACCAGGGGACCGCUAAGGAGAAAGCACGCCGCUAGAAAGAGAGAGGUGAGGAUGGGGAUAAAAAGGCUAGAAAAGCUAAUGAACAUGGUUUCAAGUAUGAAAACCGCUCUUCAACUGGUUAUCACUGAGAUUCCGUGUAUUGAGAGUGUGCUUCUAGUUCUCGGACCUAGCCCUCUUCGCCCAAUGCAUAUCUAUGAACUGCAUUUUUCGCGCAGAGCUAGGGUUUCUUCAGGGGAUUAUACCAGGACGAGAGUGGUGGAAACUCUCUGCAAAAAGGCCAUAAGGGAACUAGUAUCAAGGGGAGCUGGUUCCAGUUCGUAUCCUGGUCCUACAAAGCUCUAUCUGCUUGUCAGGGCUCCCUCUUCACUCAGUUUGCCUCUGCAUUUUCUUCCCAAGCGUGACUUUAAAUGUAACAAGAAGGUUGCCCCCAUCAAAUUGCAAUUCAGGGGCAGAGGCAAUGAUGGGCUUGGCAAAACUGCUUAUCAUGAUGAUGAUAAUCAAGCUGAGAAUGCAAUCAGUUUCUCGGACUCUGCAUCUGAUGAUAUUAUCUGGUUUCAAUGUCGGCAUGUAAUCAAGGGCUUGGCUUCCAGGACAUCAACUGAAGAAGACUAAUACACCGUAGCGGCUUUGCAGAACUCACAUUCUUACACCUGUAAAGAAACUUCUAUUGGGGAUUGUAGUUCAUAUUCCUGUCUUGUAGUGUACUUGUACCGAUUUUCUGCUCACUUGUUGAAUGUUAUACUGAGCUUGUUAUUUUUAAAAAAAUUAAAGAAAAAAGUGUGUUUACUUUGACAUUGCAAAAAAUGGGGUUUGCUCUUCUUCAAUGACCACAGGUUACAUGAACAUGAACCAUGGGUGUAUAGAGGAUGCUGAGGAUGUAUUCAAGAAAACAGUGUAUAAAGAAGAUGUGGCAUUCACUGUGCAAUUGAUGUAAGGCAAAUUCUAUGUUUUGCACCUUUGCUUAGUUUUGCAGACUGCAUUGUGAUCUUGUGAUGUUAAAAUGGCUAAUUUAGCUUUGAAUGAGCUCUUCAAAGUAAAUCCAGAUAGUCAGGGGGCA